AUUUUGUAAUUGAAAUUUUUGAGAGAUAUUAGAUUCGAUCGAAUUUUUCGAAUUUCUUGUCUUUCAUGAACUUGGUGAUCGGUUUGCAGUUUUUAUUCGCUCUGGCCGUGGCCGCCACGAAGGCCUCUCAUUUCUCCUCCCUGGAAGGCCAUGGUUUCGCCAGUGAACCGAAACUUAUCUCGCAAUCGGUGCAUCUGAAAGAAAUCCCGACGAAAAUCAUUAAGGUCACGAAGACUGCCGUUGUCAAGGUCCCAGUCCCGUAUCCAGUCAAGGUGCCUCAUCACAUACCCGUGCCAGUGCCGGUGAACCAUCCUAUCGCGAUUCCGUACACGAAGCUAGUGAAAGUCCAGGAACACGUGCCGAUCGAGGUGUCCAAGCCAUACCCGGUCGAGAUUCAUCAGCAAGUACCGCUGGUGGUGCCGAAGGCAGUGCCAAUACCGCAGCCGAUACCCGUUCCUCAACCCGUGGCUAUAAGCAAGCCGGUCUUCUACCCGGUACCACACCCGAUUCCUUAUCAAGCGAGCAGCCAUUCGGAGGAAAGCGUCGGUGGCGUGGGUGGUUAUGAUUCCGGCGAUCACGGGGGUCACGAGUCCGAAAGCUAUAGCACUUACACGGUGAAUCAGCAGGGACACGAACAAGGAAACUUCCAACCCUCGCAACCCGACUACUCUGAUCAUCAUUGA